AUUGAUUAAAACCUUGUUGUAUUGCUCUGUUUGCUAUUGUUACUUGUCACACACUCACCACUAUUGAAUCUGCUUAGCUUAAGAAAUGACUUGUACUCUCACUGAUUCACAUCACUAGGACUGGUUCGACAUUCACCCCACUAUACUACAACAUUUGCAAUAGGCAGAAAAACCUAUUAUCAAAUUGGCGCCGUUGCCAAUCCUAGUCUGAUUGUGACAUUGAGUUUGAGUCUUUGCUUGAGACUGAGUUUUACUUUGUUUUAAAGUUACUAAUUCUACUUCUUCAUCUACUUGUGAUCGCAGGUGCAUGAACCUAAGAAGUAGAGGCACUACACAUCUUACUCCCUUGACAGAUAUCAAAACACUUGAAAGAGAGAACAAGAGAAGGUUAAGACAAGAAGAGCAAGAGGCUCAGAUACAAAGAUCAGAACCUAUGAUGGAACCAGUUCCAGAACAACCUCAAGCUGAAGAGGGCAAUGGUCAAGGAGCUGCCAACCUUCGACCUAGACAACCACAACGCCAAGCUAGGGCCAUCGGUACAUAUGAUCAACCUAACAUAAAUGGGAAUAGGUUGGGCAUUAGGGCACCGCCAGUUGCCAACAACAAUUUCGAGAUCAAGUCCAGCCUCAUCAACAUGAUUGAAAACAACAAGUACCAUGGACUUGCCUUGGAAGACCCACUAGAUCACCUUGACAGAUUUGAUAAGUACUGUGGCUUGUCAAAAACAAAUGGAGUUUCAGAGGAUGCUUUCAAGCUCAGAUUGUUUCCCUUCUCUUUGGGAGACAAGGCUCACACUUGGGAGAAAAACAUCUCAAGUGAUACUAUCACCACUUGGGAUGAAUGCAAGAAGGCCUUCCUCAACAAGUUCUUCUCUGCUACAAGGACUGCCAACCUUAGAAAUCAGAUCUCUGGUUUUCAACAAAGAGGACUUGAAGGAUUUUCAGAGGCAUGGGAGAGAUUCAGAAGCUACUUGUCUCAAUGUCCCCACCAUGGCUUCAACAAUGAGAGCUUGCUAAGCACUUUCUACAGAGGAGUCUUGCCUAAAUUCAAAAGCCAGCUUGACACUGCAAGCAAUGGAAACUUCUUGGGGAGGACUGUCGAAGAUGCAUUAGAACUCUUGGAGAACAUGGCACAGAGUGACUCUGUCUACAAUGAUGAAUAUGAUAGAAGAGACAGAGGUGGUGGAGGAGAAGAUAUGACCACAAAGAGAGAGCUGAAAGCACUUCAAGACAAGAUUGACAUGCUACUAUCAGAAAAGACCAAGAAAGAGGAGUUACAUAUGGUUGCUGAAGUUGAUGGAGUAGAAUGCCAAGAAGAUAUGUACUAUGUCAAUGCUCAGGGUACAUGGUACAAGAAGGAGCCUGACUAUCAAUACCAGAACAACUACCAACAGAAACCCUUCUACAACAACCAACAGAAGCCAUUCAACAACUACCAGCCAAGACCAUUCUACAACAAUCAGCCUAAGCCAUUCUACAACAACAACCAAGGUGGUUACCAACCCAAACAGAACUUCCCUCCGGGAUUCUCACCAAAACCAAGUCAACCUGCACAAGACCAAGCUGGAUCAUCAACACAACCUCCACAAGAGAGUAGUACUGAAGCUAUGCUGAAACAAUUAUUGGAGGGACAAGCAAGAAGUGAGAAACAAUUAGGGUAUGAGCUGAAAAAUCUCCACAACAAGAUUGAUGGGAAUUACCAUGAUCUAAACAACAAGUUCAAAGCCUUGGAGAACCAGUUUGUCUCUAUGACAGCCAGCUCAAGUCGCCAACAAGGUUCCCUACCUGGAAAGCCUGAACAAAACCCAAAGGAGACAAUGAAGGCAAUCACCCUAAGGAGUGGAAGAGAGUUGCCUCCUAAAGUUCUCAUUAAGGAUAAUGAGAAACAAGGUGGGGAGGUGGUCAUCAAUGUAGAUGAUGAUGUGGUGAUUGUGGAUGAGAAGACUAAUGAGGAAAUCUUGGAGAAGAUAGUUGAAGCUAAGGGCAAGAGAAAGAUUGGAGAGGAGAAAGUUGAGAACAAAAAUGAGGCUGCUACAUCAACAAAAGAGAAAUUGUUCACUCCUCCUCCCUAUGAGCCAAAGCUUCCCUUUCCUGGAAGAUUCAAGAAGCAACUCCUAGAGAAGUACAAAGCCUUGUUUGACAAGCAAAUGAGUGAAGUUCAACUCACCAUGCCCAUAAUUGAUGCAUUUAUGCUGGUUCCACAAUACAGCAAGUUCUUGAAAGAUGCUGUAGAACAAAAGAAGAAAGAGAUGGAAGGGAUGGUGAUUCUUACUCAUGAGUGCAGUGCCAUUAUUCAGAGACUGACUGUCCCAAGGAAGCUAGAAGACCCUGGUAGUUUCACCCUGCCAUGCGCCAUUGGACCUUUGACAUUUGAGAGAUGUCUAUGUGAUUUGGGAGCAAGUGUCAGCCUCAUGCCACUAUCCAUUGCCAAGAAGCUUGGGUUUACACAAUAUAAAAAGUGCAAGAUCUCUUUGGUGCUAGCUGAUCGAUCUGUCAAGCUCCCCAUUGGCAUCCUAGAAGAUCUUCCUGUCAAGAUAGGAAAUUGUGAAGUGCCUACUGACUUUGUAGUGCUUGAGAUGGAUGAAGAGCCUAGAGAUCCUUUGAUCUUUGGAAGACCUUUCUUGGCAACUGCUGGAGCAAUGGUGAAUGUGAGAGAUGGCACAAUUGAUCUCCACCUUGGAAAAGAUCACAUUCUCCAUUUUGAUAUCAAGGAGAUGAUGAAGAAGCCCACAACUCAAGGAGAAAUAUUCUACAUUGAUGAGAUGGAUGCCUUGGCUGAUAAUUUCCUUGAGGAGUUAGCGAUUGAGGACUCUCUUCAACAUGCCCUGACCAUUGAAAGAGAGACCCAAAUGAUUGAAAACAAGGAUAGUGAUGAGCUAGUAAGAAGGCUAGAUGUUCACCUUGAGAAGGAUGGAGAAGAUGAGUUCAUGGAGUUGCCACAAAUGACUCAACAUGCUGCCUCAGCAGACAUUCAAGAGAACCUCCAUGAAGCUGAUUGGAGUGAGCUCAAGGCACCAAAAGUGGAGCUUAAACCUCUUCCCCAUGGUGUAAGGUACGCUUUCCUUGGACCUAAUGAGACAUAUCCUGUCAUUGUGAGUAGUGAGCUGACUGAGAAUGAAUUGUCUAUGCUUUUAAAUGAACUUAAAAAGUAUAGAAAAGCACUAGGAUACUCACUUGAUGACAUUAAAGGAAUCUCACCAUCUUUGUGCAUGCAUAGGAUACAUCUAGAGGAUGAAUCUAAAACUUCAAUUGAACACCAAAGAAGAUUAAAUCCUAAUUUGAAAGAUGUUGUUAAAAAAGAGAUAAUCAAAUUGUUAGAUGCUGGUGUGAUCUAUCCUAUCUCUGAUAGCAAUUGGGUUUCACCUGUGCAUGUAGUUCCUAAAAAAGGUGGCAUAACAGUUGUUAAGAACGAAAAUGAUGAGUUAAUACCAACAAGAACAAUAACUGGACAUAGGAUGUGCAUUGACUAUCGAAAACUGAAUGCAGCCUCUAGAAAGGAUCAUUUCCCUUUACCAUUCAUUGAUCAGAUGUUAGAGAGGCUAGCUAACCAUCCCUAUUAUUGUUUCCUUGAUGGAUACUCUGGAUUUUUCCAAAUCCCUAUACACCCAAAUGACCAAGAGAAAACGACAUUCACUUGUCCUUAUGGUACCUUUGCAUAUCGAAGGAUGCCAUUUGGACUGUGCAAUGCACCAGCAACAUUCCAAAGAGCAAUGAUGUCGAUUUUCUCUGAUCUUAUUGAGGAUGUAAUGGAGGUGUUUAUGGAUGAUUUUUCUGUAUACGGUUCUUCGUUUGCUACUUGUUUGUCAAAUUUGUGCAGGGUCCUACAGAGAUGUGAAGAUACCAACCUUGUGCUGAAUUGGGAGAAGUGCCACUUCAUGGUUAAAGAAGGGAUUGUGCUUGGGCACAAGAUUUCAGAGAGAGGCAUUGAAGUGGACCAAGCCAAGAUCGAGGUGAUGGCGAGGUUGGCUCCACCAAAAACAGUGAAAGACAUUAGAAGCUUCCUUGGCCAUGCUGGUUUCUACAGAAGGUUCAUCAAAGACUUCUCCAAAAUAGCUAGACCAUUGACCAAGCUGCUGUGCAAGGAGAUCAUCUUCAACUUUGAUGAAGAAUGCCUAGAAGCCUUUAAGAAGCUGAAGGAGGAGCUCACCAGUGCCCCAAUAGUUCAACCACCAGAUUGGAGUCUACCCUUCGAAAUCAUGUGCGACGCCAGUGACUAUGCUGUGGGGGCAGUCUUGGGGCAAAAGAAGGACAAGAAGACACAUGUGAUCUACUAUGCAAGUAGAACCCUUGAUGAAGCUCAAGCUAAAUACUCUACAACUGAGAAGGAGCUAUUGGCCAUUGUCUUUGCAUUUGAGAAGUUCAGAAGCUACUUGGUUGGGUCAAAGGUGACUGUCUACACUGAUCAUGCUGCAUUGAGACACCUCUUAGCCAAGAAAGAUGCAAAACCAAGACUGUUGAGGUGGAUUCUGCUGCUACAAGAGUUUGAUCUUGAGAUCAAGGACAGGCCUGGAGUUGAGAAUGGAGUAGCUGAUCACCUGUCCAGGUUGAAGGUGGAGUGUGGAAUCCCUAUUGAUGACAGACUUCCAGAAGAGCAAAUGAUGGCUAUUCAUGCAGUGGUAGCUGUUUGUGAGACAGGAAAGAAACUUGAAGAGGUGAAGGCAGCUGAUGAGAAGGGUCCUUGGUAUGCUGAUAUAGUCAACUACUUAGCUAGUGGAAAAGAGCCAUUGAACCUUGAAGGUUAUGCCAAGAAGAAGUUCUAUAAGGAUGUGAAGAGAUAUUAUUGGGAUGAGCCUUACCUCUACAUACUUUGUAGAGAUCAACUCUAUAGAAGGGCAGUGGCUGAAGAAGAAAUUGAUGGGAUCCUUACACAUUGUCAUGGAUCAUCCUAUGGAGGCCACUUUGCUACAUUUAAGACAGUUGCAAAGGUGCUACAAGCUGGAUUUUGGUGGCCUCACAUGUUUAAAGACACCCAAGACUUUGUCUCAAGGUGUGACUCUUGUCAAAGAAGAGGAAACAUCACCAAGAGGAAUGAAAUGCCUCAAAACCCCAUCCUAGAAGUUGAAGUGUUUGAUGUCUGGGGUAUUGACUUCAUGGGGCCUUUUCCUUCAUCUUAUAGCAACAAGUACAUACUGGUGGCUGUAGAUUAUGUCUCUAAGUGGGUUGAAGCAAUUGCAAGUCCAACCAAUGAUGCAAAGGUGGUUCUAAAAAUGUUCAAGAGCAUAAUCUUUCCAAGGUUUGGGAUUCCAAGAGUUGUGAUCAGUGAUGGAGGGUCUCACUUCAUCAACAAACUGUUUGCAAACCUCCUUAAGAAGAAUGGUGUGAAGCACAAGGUUGCAACUCCUUACCACCCCCAAACAAGUGGUCAGGUUGAGAUUUCCAACAGGGAGAUCAAGUCCAUUUUGGAGAAGACUGUGGGGACAACAAGGAAGGAUUGGUCUACAAAGCUUGAUGAUGCACUUUGGGCCUAUAGGACUGCUUUCAAGACACCCUUGGGAACCACUCCCUUCAAUCUUGUCUAUGGGAAAGCUUGCCAUCUGCCAGUGGAGCUUGAGUACAAGGCAUUAUGGGCUGUUAAGAUGCUGAACUUUGACAUCAAGAGUGCCAAAGAGAAAAGACUUUUCCAACUCCAUGAGCUUGAUGAGAUUCGACUUGAUGCUUUUGAGAACUCAAGAAUUUACAAAGAAAAGACCAAGGCAUUCCAUGACAAGAAGAUCCUGAAGAGGGAGUUCAACAUUGGAGAUCAAGUGUUGCUCUUCAACUCUCGAUUGAAGUUGUUCCCUGGAAAACUUAAGUCAAGAUGGUCCGGCCCUUUCAAGAUCAAAGAAGUGAGGCCAUAUGGAGCAAUUGUGCUUUGGAACAAGACUGGUGAGGAAUUUGCAGUGAAUGGGCAAAGAGUCAAGCUGUACAUGGCGGCCACACCUGAGAAGGAAGGAACCUCGGUUCCACUUUCCGAUCCCAAACCAGCCUAAACCAAAAAGGGGUAGUCAAGCUAGAGACUUAAAACAAGCUCACUUGGGAGGAAGUCCCAUGUCUAUCCCUAUAUAUAUUAUUGUUUUACUUGUGUGGUUUUUCUUUUGUGUGUUUGAUAAGUGUGUUUAAAAUUUUCAGGUGAUUCUCCACUUAAUCAAAGAGAAAGAUGGCCAUCCAGCAAAGCUACAAGUGUUAAAAUUAUUCAACUCCAUCUAGCAACUCCAAGCUAAGUGUCUCUACAACCAUUGUAAAUAUAUAGUUUUCUUGUUUGUUUCUUCUAGACCUCUUCUUUCACCUUGCUCUCACACAAGAGACUGUGUGAAGUAAGUGUGGGGGGAGAGUCUACUUAUCUCACAUGUUUUCUGUUUUGUUUACUUGUCAUAAGCAUUGCAUAUCCAUUUGCAUAGAAAAUCCAUAAAAAUUUGCAAAAUUCCAAA